AUGAAAAAAAAUCAAUCUCUUAAAGGAGGCGUAUGAGAAUUUUUGUCAAACAAUUGCUUAGCUCAUCUGAAACUGAUUCCAAAAGCUCUUCAGAGCCAUUUCUUGAUUCAACUAAACGUUAGCAAAAGGAUGCUAGGACUUUUGCUAUGUUUUGACUACUCUUUUGUAAAACAUCUAAGAAUUGCUUUUUUGUCCCUUUAA